AGCAAGGAAAAUAUAGAUGACUAAUAGCGAGCGUGCAAGUGAAGAAACUACGCGUAUUAAGGAAUACAAGAAAUCACAGUAAAUUUAUCAGACUUUUGUUUUAUGCAGCAUUUGUUAAAUCAAAAGCUAGCAACACGCUCCAUGCGUUUUUAAAUUUCAUUGUAAUUAACGUUAGGCAUUUCGUGAUUUAAAAAGCUGUCGGAAUGGAUCUGUUGUUAUAUUUGGGUGGGUUAGUUGUUUUGUUUUUGGUAUGGAUUAAAGUAAAGGGCUUGGAGUACGUGAUAAUACACCAGAGAUGGAUCUUCGUUUGCCUCUUUCUGCUCCCCUUAUCCGUCGUCUUUGAUGUGUACUAUUACCUGCGUGCGUGGAUCAUCUUCAAGAUGUGCUCAGCGCCCAAGCAGCACGACCAGCGAGUCAGAGAUAUUCAGAGACAGGUGCGAGAAUGGAAAAACGAGGGAGGGAAGAAACAUAUGUGCACAGGUCGUCCAGGAUGGUUGACUGUGUCUCUCAGAGUGGGAAAAUACAAGAAGACGCACAAGAACAUCAUGAUUAACAUGAUGGACAUUUUGGAGGUGGACACAAAACGGCAGGUGGUGCGUGUGGAACCCUUAGCUAACAUGGGUCAGGUGACCGCUCUGCUCAACUCUAUUGGCUGGACACUGCCUGUGUUACCUGAACUCGAUGACCUCACAGUUGGUGGGCUGGUAAUGGGAACAGGCAUUGAGUCUUCAUCUCACAUCUACGGCCUGUUCCAGCACAUUUGUGUGGCUUUUGAGCUGGUGUUGGCUGAUGGUAGUCUGGUCCGCUGCACUGAGAAAGAAAACUCGGACCUGUUCUAUGCCGUUCCCUGGUCCUGCGGUACACUGGGGUUCCUGGUUGCGGCAGAGAUCCGGAUAAUCCCAGUUCGAAAAUGGGUUAAGCUUCGCUACGAACCUGUACGUGGCCUGGAUGCUAUCUGCAAGAAGUUUGCAGAGGAAUCAGCCAACAAGGAAAACCAGUUUGUGGAGGGACUGCAGUACUCUCGGGACGAGGCCGUGAUUAUGACAGGCACCAUGACAGAUCAUGCAGAGCCUGACAAGACUAACUGUAUAGGUUACUAUUACAAGCCGUGGUUCUUUCGGCAUGUGGAGGGUUUCCUAAGACAGAACCGAGUUGCAGUGGAGUACAUUCCUCUCCGGCACUAUUACCACAGACACACCCGCAGCAUCUUCUGGGAAUUACAAGACAUCAUCCCAUUUGGGAAUAACCCGUUGUUCAGGUAUGUGUUUGGCUGGAUGGUUCCUCCUAAGAUCUCCCUGCUGAAGCUCACUCAGGGAGAGACCAUCCGCAAACUGUAUGAGCAGCACCACGUGGUGCAGGACAUGCUGGUCCCCUUGAAGCACAUCAAGAGCGCCAUCCUACGCUUCCACGAGGACAUUCGUGUGUAUCCACUGUGGCUGUGUCCCUUCGUGCUGCCCAACCAGCCAGGAAUGGUGCAUCCAAAAGGAGAUGAAGAUGAACUAUAUGUUGAUAUCGGAGCUUAUGGGGAGCCCAAAGUCAAACAUUUUGAGGCCAAAUCAUCCACACGGCAGCUGGAGAAGUUUGUCAGAGAAGUUCAUGGAUUCCAGAUGCUGUAUGCUGAUGUGUACAUGGAUCGACAGGAAUUCUGGGAGAUGUUUGAUGGCACAUUGUACCACAAACUCAGAAAGCAACUUAAUUGUGAAGGUGCAUUUCCUGAAGUCUAUGACAAAAUCUGCAAGUCCGCAAGACACUAAAUACAACCAAACCUGAAUGGUGUGACCAAUAGAACAAAAAACUGUACAACCCUUUUGUUAAAAUAAAUUAGCGUAUUGAAGCAGAUGCACUUAAAGGGCAAAUACUCUUAUUUCAUGAAGGAGCACUAGCUAAAUUUUCAACCUCCUUGUCAUAUGUCUAUGUUUAAGACAAAAAAAAAAAAAAAUGCCCUUAUUAUUCCCAACUUUGAAUACAUGAUUAGAUUCAUUAAAACAAACAAUAUAUACAUUCAAAUGUGAAUAAACUAUAAAUUAAACUAUUUUAGAGUACUUUGUAUAAUAAUCUGUUGAGAAUUAUAUAUAAUUUAUUUAAAAAUUGUAAUAAGAGUUAUCAAUGAUUAUUAUGAAAAAUAAUAUUUGAGAAGAUAUUCUCUAUUUUCCUACAUUGUGAAUGUUGCCUACCUCAAAACUAAAUGUCUUAAUAUCUAACAUAGUGAUUUAUUUUUGAGGUGUAUGCAAAGAGAUAUUUUAUCUACUAAAAUUAUUAACGCACUUCUUUAUAUAAAACUGGCACAAUUUGUGAAUGUAUUUAGUAUUUGUUUUAGACCCAUAAUGUACCACUUUUUAUUAUAAAGCACAUAUAUUUGUGCUAAUUACGGAUUUACUUUUUAGUACAGUUACUGUUAUUGUUGGUUAUAUAGAUUAGGUUAUUUUAGGUCUGUGAACUAAAUAAUAACAGUAUUCAUAUUUGUGGCCUUCUGAACAUGUUUUUGCCCCUUUAUACUGUGUUCGCAAUGUAUUUCUCUAUUUGUAUUUUCAGUGUAAUGAAACUAUGUGGAUGUCACAUACACUCAAAAAUUCUGGGUUGUUUUGACCCAGCUGUUGGGUUAAACUUUUAACACAGCCUUCUGUGUAAAGGCUUAAAAAUUACUAUAUUUCUUGUUUAAAAUGAACUCAAAGUAGGUUGGAAAUUAACAUUUAUCAUGUUCAGUAAAUGAAAAUGUAUUAAUAAGUUGAAUAAAUAAUACUUAAAGGGGUUAUCAGAUGCAAAGUUGACUUUUACAUGUUGUUUGAACAUUAAUGUGUGUUGGCAGUGUAUGUACAAAUCUACCCUAUAAUGAUAAAAAUCCAUGCAGUGGUUUUUAAUUAAUCUGUACAAAUAAUAUUUCCUUUUUCAAAUCGAGCCAUUCUCACACCGACAGAGGCCGCUCCCACAAUAGUUUAUUGACAUGAGCGUCUUACCUCAGAUCAGCUGUAACAGUCCGACCUCAAUUGUUUCGAUGCCGGAGCAGGGAUGUAAGUUAGACAAGAAUAUCUCUGAUUGAGCGAUUGAGGUGUUGUGUUUCUGGAUGUAAUAAUGAACAUAGUGGUCGUCAUUUACUCCUGACAUCUGAGCCGCUGCAGAUGCAGUGGAUUACGUUUGUUUGUGAAGGGAAUGCACCUCCUGAUCUACAUAUAUCCGUCUAUGUUCGUGCAAAUCAUUUGUGAUCCAGCUUCACCUACAGCAGAAGUGAGUGUAAGGUUUUUAUUUAUGAAUCUGCAAUCACCUUUACUAAUAAUGUGCUAAUUAGCAAGUUUAGUGGCUAAAUGCGGUUAAAGUAAACAGGUUUGUCACUCCACAGAGAGAAGAGAGGGGGCGGGGCGAGCAGAGCUCAUUAACAUUUAAAGCAACCAUUAACAUUUAAACCAAAUCAUUCGUGAUCCAGCUUCACCUACAGCUCAUGUGAGUAGAAGAUUUUUUUUUUAUGAAUCUCUGCAAUCACAUUUCCUAAUAAUGUACUUGUUAACAAGUUUAGCGGCUAAAUGCGGCUAAAGUAAACAGGUUCGUCACUCCACAGAAAGCAGCCUCGACCAGAACAGGAAGAUUUUUGCAAAGCUGAUUUUGGCAAGGUAAAAAGGGUGUUGUUUUACACUACCAUUGAGAAUUUUUAACCAAAAUAUAUUACAGAUUUUUCAUUAAGACCCUGAAGAAUCAUAUCAACUUGUGGAAAAUGAGCAUCCGAUGACCCCUUUAAAUAAUACGUAUAUAUAUUUUUAGUUGCUUAUUAAUAAAUGUUCACCUUUUGAUUACCUUUUGAUGUGCACCUAGUAAUAAUGUGUCUGAUUUUUAAUUUACAACCUAUUUUGGGUUUAUUUUAAUCCAGCCAUAUAGUAAUUUAUAAAGAAUAGUUGAGUUAAAUAAAACUACCCAGAAGGUUGGGUUAAACAUUUAACCCAAUCGCUUUUUAAACCAGCAUUUUUUAGAGUGUAGAUAUCAGUCUCAACAUACCCAUUAAAAUGAAUAAUUUAACUCA